UCAUUCGAAGACACGCGUCCAAGAUGGUGGGUGUUCUGCACGAGAUUUAGAAGAGCUAAAAGAACUUUGAAAACAACCCUUGUUUUUAAAAAUAUUUAAAGAUGUCUGUGGAUAUAAGGCUACCUGGUGAGAGAAGAAAGAUUCCCGAGCAAAUGGACUCGGAGCCUAAGCAUAUUGUAUCCCCUGGAGAUGUGAUAACCGAAGAUACAGGCUACAUGAGGGGACAUGGCACUUUCGUCCAAGAUGACAAGCUGAUAGCAACAGUGUCUGGGAUGGUGGAAAGAGUCAACAAGUUGAUUUGUGUGAGGCCUUUUAAUACAAGAUACAAUGGUGAGAUUGGAGAUGUUGUGGUUGGAAGAAUAACAGAGGUUGGGCAAAAAAGAUGGAAAGUAGAAACAUUUUCAAGGCUUGACUCAGUUCUGCUCCUGUCAUCUGUGAAUCUUCCAGGUGGAGAGCUAAGAAGAAGAUCAGAGAAAGAUGAGCUGAAGAUGAGAGAGUACUUUGCAGAGGGAGACCUUAUUAGUGCCGAAGUGCAGUCUAUCUUUGCCGAUGGUUCUUUAUCUCUCCAUACCAGAAGUCUAAAGUAUGGCAAGCUUCGCCAAGGUACCCUUGUACAGAUACCUCCUACAAUGGUUAAACACUGUAAAACCCAUUUCCAUAACCUUCAGUGUGGAGCGACAGUAAUCAUGGGUAAUAAUGGGUACAUAUGGAUCAGUCCUCUGGUACAGGAACAAUCUGUGGUUAACGACACUCAGGGUGAACAACCCAUGGUUAUAGAUGACACACCUCAAAAGAUAACAUCAGCAGACAGAGAUACCAUAGCUCGACUGCGGAACUGUGUCGUGGCAUUAUCCGAGGAGUCAAUCCUUCUGUUUGACACCAGCCUGAUGUACGCGUAUGAAGAAUCAAUGAAAUACUCGGUGAAAGACUUACUGAAACCCGAAGUCAAAGAAGAAAUCGCCUGCGCCGUACGACUACAACUCCUCCAAUAGUAAUAGAAUAUAUAACUUGCAUUUUCUACUUUUAUUUUAUUAAAUUCUAAUAAUACUAACUAUGUAUAGAAUAUUAGUGAACUAAAGAAAGCUAGAGUUUCGAGCAGUGGCCGAGAAAGUUGUCUGACAAAUCGUGUCAGGUGAAAAAAGUAUAUGCGCGAAAAAAUUAGCGGAUUUUGUGUUCGCGUAAAAAACACGGCUUGGCAGUCCGCACAAACCAUGAGAUUUCAAAACACAAAAUCUGCUGUUUAUUGGCGCAGACAGCAUCAAAUUCUAAUUUCGCUCUGCGCACAACUUUUUUCUUGUGCGCACAACUGUUACCUUUUUGUCCUGUGGUAAACGAACACACGACGCAAGGAAAGCAACACCUGUCUGUCUGUCUGUCUGUCUGCCCGAGCGCUAAGCAUGUUACUAGCCAUCUUCACGGUUUUUCCGCAUUUUUCGUGAUUUUUUGCGUCUUUCUCUACAAUGCAAUUUUUUAUUUCGUGAAUAUUGUUUCGGAUGAAUUUUCGACAGAGUGUUUUUUACAUUCCAUACUUUUUUCUUGGGUUAAUUCACCUUUUUAUUGAUUUUUAUAACAACGAAAUAAAGCCAAGAAAGAAUUCGUUUAGAAAGCGAGGACUCGUGAUUCGUAUAAGAUUAUAACGAUACACUUGUGUCUCGCAGCCGCGUGCUUCGAGUCGAAAACCAGUCAAAAACAUGUUUCUUCUUAUAGCAUUUAUUUGCGCAUCGAGUUAAACUUGCGUAUUUGAGGAGGCGGUAAAGGAAACUAAAUAAUAAAAUAAAAGACUAAGA